AUGAGCUUGUGCGAAGCUUAUAGCAGCUGGUAUGUAGCUGAUGAUGAUGCAGAACCAAAAAGUGAGGUUUGA